AUGCAACAACAACAACAGCAACCACCCAUGCAGCCUUCCAUGCAACCACCCAUUCAACCUCAACCAUCCAUGAUGAUGUAUCAACAACAGCAACCACCCAUGUCCUAUCCACAAAUGAUGAUGACUGGCCAACCUCAAUACCAAUACCAACAACAACCACAACCAACCAUGCAACCACCACAACAACAACCCAACUUGGGACCACAACAGACUUAUCCAAAUUAUGGAAAUCAACCCAUGCAACAACCUCAACUAUAUUCUCAAUAUCCUCCUCAACAACAACAACAACAGUAUGGAAAUCAACCCAUGCAACAAUAUCCAUAUCAGUAUCCUCCAAUGAUGAAUUAUCCUCAACAAGAACAACAACAAUCCAUGAAACAAUUACCUCCAUUGCCCAUGAAACAACAACAACAACAGCCCAUGCAACCAAUAAUGACCUCCACGACGACCACAGUCAGCACUUCUUUCCCAGUUCAAGGUGGAAAUCCAAUCAUCAUGAUGGAUUCUCCUCAACCCAAUGGCAACCUUCAAACUCUACAACAUUGUGCCACUAAAUGGUUUGAAAAACGUAAGGAAGUACUUACCAAGCUUGCUGAAUUGACCGAUCAACUCAAUAAGAGAUCUCGCUCCACGACCAAAGCCAAAGUAGGAGGAACCGUGUCAAACAUUGUAGGAGCUUCCUUAAUUGUUGGUGGAUUAAUUACAGCUCCAUUGACUUUGGGCGGAAGUUUGGUGGCCACCGGAGCCGGAGCUGCCUUAGUCGGAGGCGGAACUGCAGCCACGGUCGGAGCAGCUGUCUCGGAAUGGAAGCAUGCCAAGAAAUCAGCCAAGGCCAUUCAAGAAGCUUUGGAGCAAGACACGAAACAUGCCAAUGAACUCAUUGCUCUCGCCUAUGAUUUUCGCAAUUCGGAUCCAACCAUCGAUCAACAAAGUUUGACCUUCAUGAGUCCCACAACCUCCGCCAGCUCAACUGUAACCGUGUUGCAACUCGUUCAAGCGUUAGUCAAUCAAAAGCAAAUCAGUUUCCAACAGACUGGAAAAUUAACUCAUGGUCAUGCUGGUGCUGCAAGUUUGGCAAGUUUGGUAGUGAAAGGUGUCGUUCCCAUUGUGAGUGUUCCUAUUGACUUUUGUUUGUUGGUGAAGGAAUCUAAAAAGUUGCAUGGUAAGGAACCAUCCAAGUUGGCCACUCAAGUUGCUCCAAUUAUUGAGAAUUUGAAAUAUCAGACAAAGAUGGCCACAGGAAUUUCCUCUCUUUAA